AUGUAUAUUAAUUCUUGGGAAGAAUUUGCUAAACAAGCUGAACGUUUAUAUUUAAAUGAUCCAAUGCGUUGUCGUUUAUGUAUUAAAUAUCGUAAUGAAUUAUUGAUAUUAAGAUUAACGGAUGAUCGUACAUGUUUACAAUAUAAAACAAAAUAUGCGCAAGAUAUUAAAAAAGCGGAAAAAUUUAUGAGUCAAUUAAUGCGUCAUAUGGCAUCCAAAGAAUUAUAA